CAGAUUUUUAUUUGCUAAUGAAUACAAUAAUUUUAUGUAUAAAAUAACUAACAACAACUGUUGUUUAUAAAUUUGAUUAGCGAACUGAUGAUGUAUCCUAGCUAAUUAAACUGCAAACGUGUUAAGAUGACUGCCGCAGACACUAACAUUCGUAGGCCAGCUGCUCAUGGCUCACAAAAAACACUACCACUACCCUACUAUAACGAAGUUGUGGAAUGGAACUUGCGCUAUCUUCUUAACUUGGUCGCAGUAUAUAUUACAACGGUUAUUGAAUUUAUUAACUGUUGUUAUUUGUCUGUUAAUCCUUGAACAUCUAAGAUUGAUGUAAAUUUAGUAACUUAUAUACAUUUUUAAUACUUUAAUUUAAGAUCUAAAAAAUAUGGCACUUGCUACAAACAAUUUAGAAGUGCUAAGUUUAGCGAAUCAUGACUUUUCAUUGUCUUUAUAUUCAAAAUUUAACCAACAAGAUGGGAAUAUAUUUUAUUCGCCACUAAGCAUACAUUUGGUAAUGUUUAUGGCUAGCAUUGGGGCAGCUGCAAAAACACUUGAUGAAAUAGUUAACACGUUGCAUUUGACUAAAAACAAUACUGCAUUGGAUGCAUAUAAGGAACUAUUGGACAACUUAAAUAAUGAUGAUGUUCUAAAAAUUGCUACUGGAAUGUUUGUCGAUAAUUCAUUUAAAAUAAAGCAAAGCUAUUUAGAAAAAACUGGAAAGUAUUUGCAAUCUUCUUUAGACAAAUUGGAUUUUAAAGGAAAUCCUGAAGUUCAGCGUGUAUACAUUAAUAAUUGGGUCCAGAACAAAACAAAUGGAAAAAUUAAGGAUUUAUUUCCUGAAGGCUCCAUUCAGUCAGAUACCCCUUUGGUAUUGGCAAACGCUGUGCAUUUUAAAAGUAGCUGGAAACAUGAAUUCCACAACACACAAGAUGGGGCUUUUUUUUUAACGCCGGAAAACCAAACUAUUGUAAAGAUGAUGAGCCUCAGAAAAGACUUACUUUAUUAUCAUGAUGGUGAAUUGAAAUAUACUGCAUUAGAAUUACCAUAUAAAAAUUCUUUUUUUAGCAUGAUUAUUUUGCUGCCUGAUGCUAAAGAUGGUUUAAAAGACUUGGAAAAUAACUUGCAUAAAAUCAAAUUAAAUAAGCUACCAAACAAAAUGACUACUUACAAAGUUAAUGUUAAGUUGCCACAAUUUAAACUCGAACAAACAAUUGACCUCCACUCCGUAUUAAUUGAAUUGGGAUGUGCAUCAAUGUUCUCGCCAAGUGCAAAUUUUUCAGAAAUUUGUGAAUCAAAUACCGACUCCUUGUAUGUGACUAAAGUUCUCCAUAAGGCUUACAUCAAUGUAGAUGAAAAAGGAACUGAAGCAGCAGCUGCUACAGGUAUUGGAUUUUCGAUGAAGAGUGCUUAUGAUUCGAAUAGGGAAAAUGCUGAUUUUAUUGCUGAUCAUCCUUUUAUUGUUGCAAUUGUUACUAAUGGAGGCGAUGUCAUAUUCUUGGGCCGGAAAUGUAUCUUUUUGGAUACAAACGAUCAUUCUGGCGAACGAAUCAUAUCGGUUUAUUCUUCCUUAUCGGUUUUCCUCGGUGUAAACACUAAUUUAUAUAUUUCCGCCUAUAGUCACUGUUUCCGACCAUUGACCGCAUCAGUCUCGUUCUAUGCAUUAGUUGGACGUAGCAUUUUAUUUCUGCAGGCUGGGCACGCAAUGGAUUCCACCAUAACCAACGUGUCUAGUUACACGGCUUCCACCACAAAUUUUUCAUUCGCUUUUUACAAUGAACUUAGCAAUACCGAAGGCAAUUUGUUCGCUUCUACAUAUAGCAUUCAUUUGCUAUUACUGCUGUUGACCAUUGGGUCGAAAUCGAAAACCUACGAUGAACUCACCAACACGUUGCGUUUACCCAAAAACAAAUCACCAAACUUCGAAAAGUUCAAGUCGAUCAUCGAAGACAUCGAGAAUCCGAGUUAUUUAACUGUAGCCAAUGGAGUAUUCGCUAACAAAGCGUUCGACUUAAACGCCGAUUACGAAAAUCAAGCACGCAAUUACUUGAAAGCCGAAGUAAGGAAGCUUGAUUUCGCAAAUACGGGGGAAAAGGAAAUCAACGACUGGACAAAGGCGAAGACAAAUGGCAAAAUCACAGAACUCUUUAAACCGGGUGUGAUUAAUGCUGACAGUAGUUUAGUGUUGGCGUCGGCUGUCCAUUUUAAAAGCCGUUGGGACAGUUUGUUUAUGGAGGUAAAGAAGGAGUCAUUUUGUUUGUCUGCCACAAACCACAUCGACGUGCAGAUGAUGCAUCAAACUGAUUACUUUGAUUACUACAAAAACGAUAACGAUAAAUUCGCCGCCAUCAAAUUACCCUAUAAAGGUUCCGAAUUUAGCAUGGUAGUUAUACUUCCAGACAAAAUGGACGGCGUCAGAGACGUUGAGAAGGUAGUUUUGAAAAAUUCUAAACACUUCCCCAUUCUCUUGGCCAACAUGACAACUCACAAAGUAGUAUUGGCAAUGCCGAAGUUUAAAUUCGAAUCGGACUUAAAUCUCCAAAAACCACUGAAACAGUUGGGAUGUUCGACUAUGUUUACAAGCGAUGCUGAUUUAUCCAAAUUAAGUGCGUCUGAAACGGGAAAGCUCAUGGUCUCCGACAUUGUGCACAAGACAUAUGUAGAUGUAAAUGAAGAGGGUACUGAAGCAGCUGCCAUUACUGGCGCUAACUUGGUCUUAUAUUCGGCUCCGUAUUUCUCACCUCACGUCAAGACAGUUCAUUUCCACGCGUGUCAUCCAUUUAUGUUCUUUAUUAUAAAAGGCAAUGAUGUAAUUUUUACAGGAAGACUGGCCGACCCCACCAAAUGAAGUUUUUUUGGGGGUUAAUUAAGGAUAUUAAAAAAUUAUUUUCAUCACUAAUUUUAUGAUUUAUUAAUGUUUUUUUAUUUUGUAAGACCUAUAGUAUACAUAAUAAAUAAAGUUACAAAAGUGUC